AUGGUGUGUGCAUCGAAGAUGCCAUCUCCUUCACGUCGCUUGUCCACACUUUUGCUGGCACUGCUGGGGCCCGCAGUAGCGUCACCUUCAUCGUCUCAGGAUAAGCCCCCAGCAGCGGUGCAGUCAGUGGAAAAGCGACAGAAGCCUCGAUCCGUCUCGCAUGGCCUGACAGCCGUGGGCUUGCCGAUGCCGUGGGGCGCGGCUACGCCCACGUCCAGUGUGGUGCAGGGGCAGCUGGCCCCUGCGAUGCAUGCCACCGGCCAAGCCACAAGCAGCCUUUGGGCUUGCAUUGUGGCAGGUGCUGGAGCGGUGGGCCACAACAUCCGCCAGCAGAACCGUGAGCCACGGCGACAGCGGCACGGCCGUCGUGGCCCAUCUAGGCAAACGACGGCAGCAAGUACAACGAGCGUCGUAGAAGUCGAGCAGCUUCAGUCUGAAGCGGAGCUCGCGGGCUGGCAGACCGCGAGCGAAGACGAGGACGACAGGUCCGAGCAGAUUGGACAUCAGCAGCGAAUGCAGUUUAUGCAGCAAGUGAUGCAGCAUGAGAUGCAGCAGCAGCAGCAGCAGCAGCAACAGCAGCAGCAGCAGCAGCCAGACCGACAAGGAAUGGUUUUCUUCAACCACCAGCAGCAGCCGCAGCAGCGGUUUCCGCAGCAGAACUCUCAGCAACCGCAGAUGCAGUUCUACGACGCGCAGCAGUUUCACCAGCAGCAGGUCCCUUACUGGUCGAAUCAGAUCCAGCAACAUGCCGUAAAUCCUCAUCAGUUCAACCACCAGAUGCAGAUGCAGAUGCAGCAAGCUAUGUCACAGCAGCCGCAGCUGCAGGCAUUUGCCCCUAUGCCUCAGAUGCAGCAAAUGGUGCUGGUUGCAGUGCCUGUUGUGCCAGAGAAUGCUCCAGUCGGAGUCGGGCAGGGCGACGAACCCGCGCCGCAAGUAGACAUGGAGCAGCUGCGCAACUUUAGCAUGGGUAAUCGUGCACCCUCGGUGUCCUCGACGCCUUCCGAGAUUUCCAUGGAAAUGGGGUCCUCCGUUUCUACCCAGACUCCUAGCCAUCGGGCGGAGCGCGCCGCCUCGUCCAGGUGGAAUGGCAAAGAAUCGGAGGCCGUUGCGCGUCAGCUACGGGCACCAGGGCUAGAUGCGGCCUCCCGCAAGAGGCUGAUGGAGCGCAUCGUGCAAGAUGCGUGGAGCAUGGCUAUCACGAAGCACGGUACCCGAGUGGUACAGGCUGCCUUCGAGAUCUCAGAGGUGUCAGAGAAGCAGAACCUGCUGGACGUCUUGAAGGGCAAGGUGUGGCAGGCGUUGAAGUCACCACAUGCCAACCAUGUUCUUCAGAAGGCGAUCGCACACAUGCCUCCGCAGAAGCUAGACUUCAUCGUGUUCGAGCUACGAGGUCGUGUCGGGGAUGCUGCUCGGCAUCCUUUCGGCUGCCGCGUGCUGGAGCGCCUGCUGGAGCAUGGUUGGCCCGAGCAGCUGGAGCCAAUCGCGAAGGAGGUUCUAUCCGAUGUGCUGGAGCUCUGUCGACAUCCUUAUGGAAACUACGUCGUCCAGCACAGCCUGGCGCAUGGCAACGCAGAACAGAGGACUCGCCUUUGUGAGGCGAUGCGGCCAGAAAUGGGUCGUUUGGCAAGGCACAAGGUGGCCAGCCAUGUUGUGGAGUGUGCACUCUUGCACAGCUCCCCGGAAGAGAGAGAGCGGCUCAAGAAUGCCAUGGCUGGCAACGCAGAGGAGCUUGCCAGUCUGACUGCGAGCAACUACGGCAGUUUUGUGGUGAAAGAGAUGAAAAAGCGCUGA